AUGGUGACGUGCGCCGGCGAGCUGCUGCUCGUCAUUCUGCGCGUGGUGGGCGGCCACCCGUCCUUCGCCGAGGUGUAUAAGACGGAAUGGACGCCGGAGAAUAUGCUGGAGCUCCGCGACAGAGUGACGGACCUCAGCGUCCACUCUCUCUUCCUCGGUCGCGGCGAAAGCUUUGCCCUUUCUGCCAGGGAGUACCCUGCUAUCAAGAGAAACCAGUAA